AUGCAUCUCACAACAUUUUUGGCUGUGGGCCUUCUCCCAGCGCUCCCCUAUGCCCGUUCUAUUCCCUCGCGUCGAGGUGUGGAUUGUUCAUUCCAUACCUCUCCCGACAGUGGCGCGACAUGCGCAACCUUUGCCGAUGCCUGGGGGAUGUCUGAGGAUGACCUAAAGGCAUUGAACACUGGUAUCAAGUGCCCUAACAUCGACACGGGAGCUACUUACUGUGUGAUUGGGUCUGUUAACGAUGAUCCUGAUGAGCCUUCACCUACCGCCGUUGGUCCUAAAAGCACGGCCGCUGCUUCAACCAAGGUGACGUCGGUCAUCAAGACAACCCCGACCGCUGUUUCACCCACCGUUCCCCAGAAGCCCUCUACUACCAAGCAACCUUCUGGCAAUGGUAUUAAAACCCCAGAUGCUAUCCAGGAAGGCAUGGUGACCAACUGUAACAAGUUCCACGAAGUCAAGGAUACGACUACCUGCCAGGGUAUUCUCAACUAUAACAAGAUCAGCCUUGCCGAUUUUGUCAAGUGGAAUCCUGCUGUCGGUAAAGACUGCAGCAAACUCUGGAAGGGCACCAGUGCAUGUGUUGGUGUCAUUGGCUCUACCCCGUCCUCUACAGGAGCAACCAAGCCAAGCCCAACCAAGGCUACUCCUGGGAAUGGGAUCAAGACGCCCGAAGCCAUUCAAGAGGGCAUGGUGUCCAACUGUAACAAGUUCCACGAAGUCAAGGAUACGACUACCUGUCAAGGCAUUGUCGAGUACAACAAGAUUACGCUUGCUGAUUUCAUUAAGUGGAAUCCCGCUGUUGGUAAGGACUGCAGCAAGCUGUGGAAGGGCACCAGUGCAUGUGUUGGUGUCAUUGGAUCCAAGCCCCAACCUACGGCAACAGCUCCUAGUAAUGGAAUCAAGACACCUUCGCCUAUUCAAGCCGGUAUGGUCAAGAAUUGUGUCACAUUUCACUACAUCAGUUCUACAACUACAUGCCAGGCCCUUCUUAAAUACAGGAAGAUCACAAUGGAGCAGUUAUUCAAGUGGAACCCAGCAGUCAAGAAGGAUUGCAGCGGUUUGUGGAAGGACACUCAUGCUUGUGUUGCUGUCAAAUAA